UCCUUAAACCGUGAAUCAAACCUGACAAAACCUUCGCGCAAAGCCAUACUGAAGCUUUCCCUGCGUUCAAUCACAGCUUCCACAAGCCAGAAAUUAGGAAACCUACGGUACCGGAGAAAAAGGCCAGUCAUGAUGCAUCAUAGUAUGCCGAUGAAUGCGACAAUGGCUCCCUCUUUGGGGAUGGACCACGGCAGUAUGGCACAUAUGGGGGGGAUGAAGAUGGCAUUCUUCUUCAGUAAAAAGACUGUUAUCUUGUUUGAGGGUUGGUCUGUUGACACAGUUGGAGGCAUGAUUGGCUCUUGUAUUGCUGUGUUCAUUCUUGCUGUACUGUAUGAGGGUCUAAAAGUGAGCCGUGAGAUGCUGAAGAGGAGAUAUGGCUAUGUGAUGAACGUGGAUAUGGAUACAAAAGUUUAUGGAUCAAAUCAGAACCAGACAGUCACAGUGACAGAGACAAGAGGACACAUUCCAAGAUCCAAGAUUUGUAAUUUACAUCAUUUUAUCCAAUCACUACUACACAUCGUCCAAGUCACCCUGAGUUACUUUCUGAUGCUUAUCUUCAUGACGUAUAAUGGUUGGCUGUGCAUAGCAGUUGCGCUGGGUGCUGGCUUCGGGUACUUUCUCUUUGGAUGGAAACUUUCCAAGAUUGUGGACAUUAAUGAACACUGCCAUUAGCAGUUUAGUAAGAAACAGCGCCGUAGCUAGCACUGGGCAGGUGUAGAACUGGAAGUCAUUAGAGACCAACCUCACCCCAAUUGUUUUUCUAGCUACGGCCCUGUGAACCCUUUUAGAAGAGAUAUAAAAUCGUUAAAAAUUGAGACAUAUUUUAUUAGCUAUUUUUGUCACUCUGUUUUUAUGCACAUUAACAUUUCUUUAUGCAUUUGCAUCAGUGCAAGAUUACAUGCAUUUUUCUUUAUAAAUUGAUCAUGUUAAUGUGUUAAAACUUUAAUCCAAAUAAUAUAAGCAGUUUAGGUACUGAAGUUAUACAGAUUCGAUGCCGCAGGGUGGUAUAUACAAAUACUGCACGCUAGCCUACUGCACUCUUGUCAUUGUAUACAGUAUAUUUCCAGUUCUGCAAGUGAUAAUAAAUAUAUGGGACCAGCA